UUCCCCCCCUUUUUUCAAGAAAUGCUAUAAAUAGGGGUAAGCAUAGGCUGCAUAACUUUAUUCUAAAACUUUACCUCCAGUCACACACACACAAAAAGUCUUUUGGCCAAACACUUCACAGCAUGGCUUGCUAUGCAAAGCAAUCCUAUGCAACUUCCACAUUUUCUGAUCACUUUCAACAACAAUUCUUGGCAUCUAAACUUCAUAUCUCAUCUCUUCCCUUCAAACAUCUGGCUCUGAAAAAUAACAAAGUCGAUCUUUUAGCCCGAAAACUUCUCUACAUCUCAUCAGUCACAGGUGCGAAAUUCUUCGACGAUACAAAAGAUUCAAACCCUCAAUAUCCUUUAAUCCAAUGCAAAGCCUACGAAGCUCAUCGGUCACAACCGAUACAAAUUAACAUAGAAUUCGACCAAAAAGCUCGAGAAGAAGCCGCUCAGAGACUUAAAAUCGGUGUGUACUUUGCAACAUGGUGGGCUUUGAAUGUAGUUUUCAAUAUUUACAACAAGAAGGUCCUCAAUGCCUUUCCAUUCCCAUGGCUCACUUCAACUCUGUCUCUUGCUGCUGGGUCUCUCAUGAUGUUGGUUUCAUGGGCUUCAAGGAUUGCUGAACCUCCAAAGACCGAUUUCCAGUUCUGGAAAACUCUGUUUCCUGUUGCAGUGGCACAUACAAUUGGGCAUGUGGCUGCCACAGUGAGCAUGUCAAAAGUUGCAGUUUCAUUUACUCACAUCAUCAAGAGUGGUGAACCUGCUUUCACUGUUCUGGUUUCAAGUUUUCUGCUGGGUGAAACUUUUCCAUUGCCGGUUUACUUGUCUCUGCUACCAAUUAUAGGAGGUUGUGCAGUUGCUGCGGUGACUGAGCUCAAUUUCAACAUCACUGGGUUUAUGGGGGCCAUGAUAUCAAAUUUGGCGUUUGUAUUCCGGAACAUAUUCUCAAAGAGAGGCAUGAAGGGGAAGUCUGUGGGUGGAAUGAACUACUAUGCUUGUCUGUCAAUGAUGUCUCUUUUGAUUCUCACCCCUUUUGCAAUUGCUGUGGAGGGUCCUCAGAUGUGGGCAAUUGGAUGGCAAAACGCACUCUCCCAGAUUGGACCCAAUUUCAUAUGGUGGGUGGUGGCCCAAAGUGUUUUCUACCACCUAUACAAUCAAGUCUCAUACAUGUCCUUAAACGAGAUCUCACCAUUGACAUUUAGUAUUGGGAAUACAAUGAAGAGAAUUUCUGUCAUUGUCUCCUCCAUUAUCAUCUUCCACACACCUAUUCAACCCGUCAAUGCCCUAGGAGCUGCCAUUGCAAUCUUGGGGACUUUCCUCUAUUCACAGGCAAAGCAGUAAGAACGUUGAGGCAAGGAGUGUGAGAAUCUAAAGAUAUGGGGAACCAAAGACAAUACAUAAUAGUAUUUCAGCUAGAGCAGUGGAAGACAACCAGUGCAGGACUAGUAUAUAUGAUGCUAUCUUAUUGUAUAAUGGGAGGGGGAAGUUACAGAAUAUUUUGAAGUAGUGAUUAACAUAUUUCCAUCUGAAGUUAAUAUGAUAAAGAGAGUGUGUUCUUAUGUCUUUGGGCAUUACACCACGGAUGUGAAUAAGUUGGGCAUGAUCUUGGAUUACUUGAUGCAUUGAUAAUCAACACGUUGACAAGCAGAGUGUCGAG